AUGGGCUGCUCGAACGCCCGUUUAUUAGUCCAAGCACCAAUGUCUGCUGAACCCGGUGCAACACCCAACAAUACAUUGCCAAGCACAACAUUAGCUAACUCACCAGCUAAUGUUGCAACUGAUAACACUCUAAACACAACAACGCGUAUGCAUCUCACAGGAGUCGAUCUUGUCGUGGAAAGAAAUGGAUCGUAUACACUUUUACUAACGCCCAGAACUCAUAAGCAACUAAUGCCCUAUGUGUUACGAAAGAAACGAUUUCGAAUUCUCGUUGAUAAACCUCGCUCGGACCAAACAUUAGUUUCUAACGAACAAUUAAUUGACAAUUCGAAAAUGAAUUCGCAAAAACACAAAACUGCAAUGGAAUCAACCAUUGAAUCAAUCGAACAAGUCGCAUCAGAUGAGUUAAACAAAGCUAAAACUCGAUUUGUCGGUGGUCGAAGUAUUGAUCGUGGCAAUCCGGAAGACGAAGACACAAUCAUUCAAUCCGACGAUGAAGGUAUGAUCGAAGAAAUCGUCACAACUGUCGAAGAAGAUAAAGAUCUCGAAUGCAAAGUGAAGAAAAAAAUCGAAACGAAAAAAACUAUUGCACAAGAUCCGGAAACUCAUCAUAUGAUAACAAAGGUUGUUAAAACCGAAGUCACCGAAAUUACUCGAACAAUCACCAUCAAUGAUCAGCAUGAUCUCGAACGUGCUAAACGAGAAUUAGGCAUUGAUGACGUCAAUCGACUCUUACCAUCAUCGUCAUCAGCAUAUUGGACUGAUCAUCCGCGUGUUACAACAGUUAAAGAAACGCAUUAUGAACCGAAGAAUGAAAUUGUCACUGCGAAAGAUUUUCCAACCGAUAGUCCAGUGAAACAACUUCAUCCGGAAGAAAAACCAGUUCUUGCUGAAUCAACUGUCGUUGGACGAGGUCCAGUCGCCGAAACCAUCGUUCCAUUAUCAACUGUAUCGCCAACAAAACCAGUGGAAGUCAAGAAAAAGAAAAAGAAAUCGAAACUCUGCUCGUGUACCCGUGGCGUGGAUGAUGACAAUGAAAAAGACAAACUCGUUGUCGCUCCCACUGAGCAAAUAAAGACAACUCCUUCAGUAGUUCCACCAACACCAGUUGUCAAUCAACCAACCAUUGAUACACAAACUCAAGGUCAACAAUUAAUUUCCGCGGACAUAAAGCAAUUGAUUAUUGACAAGAAAUCUUUAUUAAUUGAAUACAUUCAUUCGAAAGUCUUCGCUCCGUCGAAUUUAUACACAUCCAACGAUGAUGAUAGAAAAGCACGAAAACUCUCAUCACGUAUUCUGGAUUUAUUACGUUAUGAUCGAUGUCAAUCGUGGUCACAAAUGUCCGAUCAAUUAACAGACGAGUAUUCCAAUUAUCUUUCGGCAAAUUUCUCUCUGCAACCGAUUGUUAACACCUACCAUAAUCUGCUGACGACGAAACAAUCGAACUUGUUGAAUACAUUCUCCACGAUUCACAAUGAAAACGAUAUUCAGAAUAUUCAUGAAAAUAAUGAUUAUCUUAAGAUUGUGCAAACAUAUUUUAAUGAACAUGAACAGCAAGCGAAGCCAUUAGAAGCAAUUCAACAACAGCAAGCAACUGAUACUCAUCAUGAUGCACUAAUCGAGAAAGUAAUCAAUGCUGAUGAGGAACAACCGCUGAAACAAACCACAUCUACUGAUCAGAUGGAAGAGCAUACUUCACCAAUCUAUAAUGAAGAACAUUUGAUCAAAAUGCUGGCUGAUAUUUCCCAGCACAAGCCCAUUACAUUAGCUGAAGCUAUCGCAUAUGAAUACAUCGAUCUCGAAGAUCCCAAACUAGGCCUUUCCAAUGAAGCGGUUCAACGCAUUAAAAGUCUUUUUCAUCCAUUAUCCGACGAAUCAAUAUCGAAUCUAAUCCGUGUUAGACGUUCUGGUGAAUAUAUAACUGAUAUUAAUCUGGCUGAAACGAAUCCAUUCGAAAAAUUCACUCAUACCGAACCGUUCGUUUAUCGAUUACAACCAUCAUUCGAACCAACAUUAGAUUUCAGCGAAAAACAAUUCCGGUCGUUAGCAGAAGCCAUCUUGAACAACAAGGAUCAGUACGAUCAACUAGAAUUCGAUGUUGCACGUACAUCAUUACCAGUUUAUGAUGCGAAAGAUGCGUCAAUCAACGAUGUUAGUCAAUCGGACUCGGGUUAUUCAAUGACGACAGCAACACAUGAAAGUUUGGCAAGUAAAAUUAAAAUCGAAUUCGAACCUAUUCAUCAUGAUGUACCAAUUGUACCGAAACGUGAUGAUUUACACGACGAAGAAAAAAUUGAUCUCGACAAAGCUACACAAGAACAAAUUGAUAAAUACGAAUUGAAUCAUGAAAUUAUUCAAAUAAUUAAAUCAGACUUUCAUGGAUCAGAUAAAACUGUUGGACAAGCAAUUCUAUCUCGAGAAUUACGCUUGGAUAGUUCGGAUCCCAAGGAUAUUGCGUAUUUGCACUCUUUGGGCAUUUACGAAGAACAAAGUCGAAUUUUGAAUACGCUUUUCUUUCCAAAACACUCACGCAUCAUUGCUUAUUCACCCGAACCAGGCCGAUUUGUAGAAGCGCAAACAACAUUCAAUCCGGAUCAUGCGGGUUAUAAAACAGACACGACCAUUAUUCAAAUCCAAGAAAAACAACUUUCAUCCGAUCAUUUAGCAAUGCAAAGAAACAUUCAUGACGACCGAAUGUCGCCAAAUCUUUCGCAGCAAAUGACAGAGUCGGAAACAGUUGUUUCAUCACCGGCAUUGUCAACAAUAUCGCCAAUACAAGAAAGUGCUCCGACUACAGUGCAAAAAGAAAAAACACCACCACCGUCGUCAGCAGCAGCAGCAGCACCAAGCGUGCAUGCUAAAAAGCGUAAAUCAAGUGGUGGCUUGUUCUCAUGCUUUCGAAGUAAGAAACCAAAAUCAGGAACAGAACAACAGGGCUCAGCGACAGUCAAACCGACGAUCUUAGUCAGCGAACCAAAUAGUCCGCAAGAACCGGUCAAAUCGAUUGUCGAAAAGACCCUUGUUGACUACUCAAUUACGUCUGAUGGUAAACGGAUCUAUAUUGAUGCUUUCCGAGAUCGACCUGGAAUGGACAUGUCGUAUAGGCCGAGUGAUUUUGAAGAUCGAUUUGUGUUACCUAUUCAUAAAUCUCCAUCGGAAUAUGAACGACCAAUAACACCUGACAUCCAAGCAGUUAUUCAUAAAUCUGAAACAGUCGAAGAAGAAGCAAGUUCUACUCCAGCUGAAGUUGCGCACGAAGCACCACUCAUUCAUUCAGAACCCGAGCCAGUCGAACAGACAGAUGAAGUUCAAUUAGAAUCUCCUGAAGCGAUAGUUGAACAAGAAGUGGAAAUCCAUGAAGAAUCUCGUGUAGAAACAAUCGAACCGGUCAGUUCUCUAUCAGAAAUAGUGGAACAAGAGACUGAAAUUCAUCUCGAACCUCGACCACCUACAAUUGAACCAGUUGAAGUUCAUCAUGAAGUAAUCGAACGCAAAGUGCAGAGUCAUCAUCAUCAUCUGGAACCUCGUCCAGCGACAAUCGAGCCAGUUGAUGUUCAACCUGAAAAGACACCGAUUGUAAUACCAUCGAAGAAGUCCGAACAUAAGAUCGUCGUGAAGAAACCAACGCUUGACUUGCAUGGUGCAUCCGUUCAGUUGCCACCUGUUGAAUUAGUGGAACCUGGACCGUUACCUAAAUUAACAGUGACAAAAGGCCAGAAAUCCACUAGUGGUUUAUGCGCAUCGUGCUUUGGUGCCAAAGCCGCAGAGAAAAAGAAGAAAAAAGUGUCUGUAACACCCAUUCCAGCACCUGUUGCACCGAAACAAAGUGUUGUUGAAGAGAAAAAAGAUGAGCCAUCGCCACUGAUCGAAACACCGCCACCAGCACCUAUCAUUAGAAACGAUGAACCUAUCUUACCUCGAGUUAACAUUGAUACUUUCAAGGAGCGCAAAUUCGACCAGAGCUACGAGUCUCUUCCAAAGUCACAGGACCGGUUGGAAACAACAAUUGAGGAGCAAUAUCAAGCAUCAUCGUCCACGAAAAUCAAUACUGAAGCACCAACAUCUUACGGAUCGACUACAGCUAUCGAUUCAUCAAUUUUCUCUCGAGUUAACAUCGACUCAUUUCGAGAGCGAACGUUUGACAAAAGCUACGAUAGCCUGCCGAAAUCGCAGGAACGUUUGGUCGCAACCCCACCUGUCGAGGAAACUCAUCAACAAUUAUCCCCUACAGAAACUGUUUCGUUACCACCGAAGAAACAGACUGCAGACGAUUCAUUUCUACAUUCAAGAGUGAAUAUUGAUACAUUCAAAGAGCGAACUUUUCAAAAAAGUUCAGAGAGUUUACCGAGAUCGGAGGAGCGUCUGGGUGCAACGAAUGAACAAAUCGAACCAUCUUCAUUACCGGAGAAAUCCCACGAUCAAUUGCCAAGCAGUGAACCUAUUACUUCAUCUCCGCCACCAACACCGAUACAACAAACUUCAGAAAGUGGAUCUGUAUAUUCACGAGUAAAUAUCGACACAUUCAAAGAACGAACGUUUCAAAAGAGCUACGAAAGUCUUCCCAAAUCACAAGAACGGUUGGAUACAGCAGUAUCAAUUGAAGAACCUCUUUAUCAAAUCCCAAAGAAAGAAUCAGUACCUCCCCAACAAAAGGUACAAAGCACUGACAAUUUACCUGAUUAUUCCAAAGUCAACAUUGACACAUUCAAGGAGCGAAGUUUCGAGCAGAGUUUCGAAAGUCGUCCCAAAUCAGAAGAACGAUUGGACGCAACUUCAGCUCCACCUCCACACGAAGAACCUCACUAUCAAUUACCGACUGUUCAAAAUACAGAUGGCAGUUCCCUAUAUUCCCGAGUCAACAUCGAUACAUUCAAAGAACGAAAAUUCGAUAAAAGCUACGAAAGUCUCCCCAAAUCUCAAGAACGUUUGAAUGGCGCAGCUCCAUCUGAGGAACAUCAUUAUCAACUUCCAACAAACGAAUCCCUACCUUCAUCACUGAAAGUUCGAUCUACAAACGACAUAUCGCUUUACUCGCAAGUGAAUAUCGACACAUUUAAAGAGCGAACUUUUGACAAGAGUUUCGAAAGUCUCCCCAAAUCCAAAGAACGUUUGAGUUCAGCCCCCGCAUCCGAAGAACCACAUUACCAGCAACCAACCAGUGAGCCAGUGCCAUUGACACCCUCAACAAAAUCUACUGAUUCCGUCGUUAAAAACGCAUCAAUCUAUUCGCAAGUGAAUAUUGAUACGUUCAAAGAGCGAACUUUCAACAAGAGCUUCGAGAGUCUCCCUAAACAGACCGCAGCGCCAGUGAGUGGUACAAUUGACGGCAAUACUUAUGAUAUUCCUCGUACAGUUGAACUUCAACAAACAACACCAUCUGUUGAAAUCAAAACAGAAGAACAAAAAGUCAAUAGCGAACAAAUGUCUCCUCCGGCGAUUGAAAUAUCCAAAUCCAGUGAACAAACUGAGACGAAAAAGAAACCCAAGUCGAAAACCAAAACCAAAUCCAAACCUGUUGCGACUGAAAAAGAAGUCAAAACAAAAAGUUCGAAAUCGACGACGAGCGAAAAGAAAAAAUCAAGCCUUCUUUCGACGUUCUUUCGCCCUGGCGAUCGAAGAACGAAAAUACCGGCACUUGAUUUACCACCUAUCGAACGUGAUCUAUCACCCAAUACCCAACUGCGUCAAUCCGAGAGCGAUCCCUUACAUGUUCCAUCGGUGCAAUUACCCAAACUUGACUUUCCAUUGCCUACCUACAAACGUCCAGAAGUCAACAUGGCCAGCGGUUCCAUUCGACAAUCAUCGGAAUUUGACAUUCCAGUUGUUGAUUUGCCAUCUAUACCAAAUUUACAAUUACCAGCUGUUGAAAAACAAACCAUUGAUUUCAAUAUUGAUCUGAUGAAAGUUCCCAAUGUUCAACUGCCUGACGUUCAGUAUACAUUAAACGAACAGGAUGAUGUUAAAUUGCCCGAAAUUCAGUUUGAGAAAACAGUUAAAACCGAAUCCGAUCCACACUCAACUAUUCAAGCUGGUCUAGCAUUAGCUUCACCUGUUGAAGAUAUGUUGAAUAUUCAAACUGAUCAUAAAAACUUCCCUAUCGAAACAGAUUAUGCUGCAAAAGUGGAACCGAUUGUUCCCAUCGUUCCAACUGAACAACCAGAAGCUUGUAUCAAAACGGAAGUAAUCAGCAUUGAAGAAAAGUAUCAAGUUACAGGUCUGCAACAAGCCGAAUCGAUCGUGAUUACUCAAACGGAAAUCAAGACCGAAUACAACUACCAAUUACCUUCGCCCGAACCCGUGCUCUCCUUAUCUGAAGAUUUCAAAACUAGUCCACCAUCAUUUGACGACGAUGUUCCUAGUACACCACCAAAUAUUGUUCCAGCAGUUCACUAUCCUUCCAAGCAAUUGAUUGAGACUAAAUCCGAAGUGAAAAAGAUCAAACCCACCCGUUCAACAUUCUGCUCCUGUUUUGGUACAAAGUCAGGUGCAGCCAAAGAAAAACAAACUCAUCCACUCACGGCGCCACGUGCAAGUUUACCCGAGAUCGAAAUGCCGAUUCCUUCCACAAAUAUUUCCUCAACAUUGAAAACCAAAGGGCGAUUACAUGCGCCCAGUAGUAACCUUCCACCCGUUGAUUUCACGCCAACAGCUACCGGAACUGCUCGUUUAUCAGGCAUUCAUAUUCAUGAAACCGAAGCAGUCGUUCCAACCGGCCAAACAAAACAAGAGACAAUCGUCGAAAAAGCCAAAGAGAAAGAAACGGCAAAGGAAUCAAAAGUUAAUUCUGAUAUUCCACCAUCAUCUACCACAGAAAAAACAACACAAGAAGCGACUCAGAUCAAAUCAACGAGUCCAACAUCUGGUCAGAAGAAACCGUCAAAAAAAGAGAUUAAACCCGUUUCUACUGAACCGAAGAAGUCUCCUUCAUUCGUUCUCAAAGCUCCGGUUAUGAAUAUUCCUGAUCUCGAUCUAUCUGUACCAACAAAAUCUGAUGCCUACCUCUCCCUGUCCAAGCAAGAAUCCGCACCAAUUCCUGAACUAAUUCAAUCACGUUCUGAUAGUGGCCUCGAAGCAAUCGUUUCGUCACACAUACACCCGUCGUCAACUUUCGGUACCAAUACGAUCACGGAAGACAUUCCACAACAUCGUUCGAUUAGUUCCGGCCUAGGAAGUGAAAUCUUGGAUAAUAUCACUGCAAAAGGCUAUUCUCUUCCGGAUAUUCAAGCACCCGAACCAACACUUGUACCAAAAAGUAUCGAAAGUACUCAUGCAAGCAAAUAUGACUUCACUCGCAAGAUCACCAUGAACGAUGAAACACACACCAAACUGAUUGCCCGACGUGAUCAGAUGAAAACAUCUUUAGCGAAUGAAAUUUCCAAAUCGUUGGAUGGCUUCGAUGUGAAGAAAGAUGAAAAGUCACUGGAUGAAAUCUUAACACAUGCUAUUGAUUUAAUUCAAGAAAAGAAAGUCGCAACGUAUCCUGAAUUAAAGCAAAAACUGACUGUCGAACACAAAAAUGAAGCAUUUCUUGUCGAUCCAGUCGUUCAUUCACUAUACUAUGCUAUCGAAAAACAAGGUUUAGACAAGUUGGAUAAACCAGAAUUUCCAUUAGCGAUACGUGAUAUGGUACGUCUUCCGGCCAAGCAGACACACGACACAGUGCUGCAUUUGAGUAAAGAAGCAACGCCAUUAACGACUACACAGAUGACCAAGGAAACGUCGACAACGCCUGUCGAAUCAACACCGAAACCGAUUGAAUCGACACGCUCGUGUUUAACAUGUGGUCGUUCGAAAUCGAAAAGCAAACCUGCGUCGACAAUUACAUCAGUUGGCCUGGUUGACGAACGUCGUCGUACACAAUUGAAUACACACCGCAAUGAUCUAAGCAAUAUUCUUCGUGAUCACAUUCAAUCUUCACAACCACCAAUUCGAAAAUUUGCUGAUCAUCCGAAAGAAUCAGAGAAAAUCAUCCGCAAAGGCUUAGUAUUAUUAACUCAACCGAAAAUUCAUUCCUACGAACAAAUUCGUAAUGACUUGAAAACUGAGCAUAAACAAAGCUUCUAUCUGGUUGAUCCAAUCGUCGAUAUCAUUCGUGAUACAUUAGAUCACUGUGAUAUCACGCAGAUGAAUGAGAAGAUCAAUACCGAUAUCUUAGACUCGAAUAUUUCACAAACAGCCAAGUUGUACAACAAUCAAUGGAGUUUGUUAUCUACAGAAGAAGGGAAUGCGUUCAAAUCCAAUCAAUUAUCAUGGUUAGAACAAUAUUUGAUUAACAACGAGUCAAAAGAAAAGAAAUUAACGAAGAAGCAAAUCAAAGAAUUGAAUAAAAUCCUUCAUAGAAAUAUUGAAAUACUUUCACUAAAUGUUCUCAAUUCGUGGGAUGAACUAACGUCGCAAUUGCAACGUGAAUAUCCCAAAGCACACGAUCUCUGCAACCGUUCGGUAGAAAUUCUCAAACAAGCACACAGAGAUGGCCUAUUGUUAUUAACACAAGCACCAGUGCAAGAUAAACGACGGCCAUCAUCGUUGAUCAGCGAACGUGCGCGACAAAAUUUGAAGAGCAACCGAAAAAAGAUCAUUACUUCUUUCAAAACCUUCUUUACAAACAACAGUCCAUCGCCAGCGAUCGAAAACCACAUCGACAAUUAUCUCAAUAAGACGUUUCAUUACUUAGAAGAACAAAAACAAGGUCAAUUCAAGAGCUACCAAGAUCUGAAAGAACAACUGAAAAAGGAUUUCCACAAAAACCAACAAGACCAAUUGAUCGAACAGAUUGUCGAUGUUAUCGAACAAGCUCAUGCCACUAAUCAAUUUGACGAUAUGGAUAAACCCGAAGUGCAAAGUUUAAUGAAAGACCGAUUAAAUGGCAAACCGUUAGUACUGAAAGAAAUGUACGUAUCACUACCGGCACGUCCCGGUGCGUACGGAACAUCGAAAUAUUCCAUUGAAGAAACAACACGUUAUUUAUCAACGUCAACAACGGGUGAUCAAACAUUGAAUAGUACAACAAUAUCACAUCGAGUUGCUCGUGGCCUCAGCUGGCGAGAAGCCAAUGAACGAGCGAGAAUUCUAUUCUAUCGCGGCAAACAUCCAGCCAUACAUUACGAUGAACAAGCAGCGGCAUUUGAUGUUCGAAUGUUAUUAGAAACUGCAUCGGGCGGUACACGGGAAAUACCUGUAACCGACAGUGACGGAUGCAGCUGGUUAAGGAUAACAGAUAUGCCCUUGCAUAGAUUACUACUUGCCUAUCGAGAAUAUGAUAUCCUACCAGUGUCACCUGCUGUCGCUGAAGAUGAUGGCUUAUCAUACUGUUCAGUUCAUGAACUACUCAACUCCUGCGGUGUUCAAUGGGAUGGUGUCAACAUCAUUUCCUUAGUCGAUCAUAGCGAAGAUGUGGUACGCGCUGCUGAACAAGCAGCGUUAAAAGUGAUUCGAGAAAAAGGUAUGGUUGACUUGCAAACACCACCGUCGACGCGAAAUAUUGAUACACAUAAUCACGAUCAAUCUGAGGAUUCAGAUCCUAAGAAAACGAUUACUUCGUCUACUACAAAUCCAUCUUCAUAA